UCUCGACCCUCCACUAUAACUACCCCUUGCCAACCACGGCACCUCACCCCAAACCAGCAGUAGCCAAGAACAGAAGCAAAGCUGCAGGGAGAGUGAGCGAGUGUACCACACAGCAAGAAACCACCCCAUCCAUCAUCCUUCCAUGGAAGACCCCUACACGAGCUUCUUCAAGAACCCCUACUACUACUACACCACCUCCUUCCCGGCAGCCGCUCCAGCUCCCCAUAUCCCUCCUCCCCUUCCACCGUACACCAGCCGCUACCCCCCCUCCUCCGCCGCCACGCCUCAGUACCCGGCCUGCUUCUUCCAGCCGCAGCCGACGCUGCCGCCUCUCCACGACAGCCCUCCCUCGCCUCCGCUCCGGGAGGCGCUGCCCCUCCUCUCCCAGUCACCCACGCUCGGCGCGUCUCGGCCGCGGCAUGUAGCGGCGGACUACGACGCCGACGACUUCCUACGGGAGGUCGUCGGCAGCUCCGCGACCCCUUCCGCGCGCGCGCCGCUCUUCGCCGACCUCAACUGCAUGCCCUCCUGCUGCGACGACGGCGACCCGAUGGACGUGGAGGCCGGGUCGUCCACGGACGACGCCGCGGUCGCCCUGCGCAUCGGACUGCCCGCGGCGCCCGCGAACGGCUGCGGUGGCACGGAGCCUGACCUCCUGUCCGGGCUCACGGGCAGGGCCUGCGGUGGCAUGGAGCCCGAGGAGGACGAGGAGGAGUGCAAGGUGGACGCCGGCGACGGCGACGAGGUGGUGCCGCUAGGGUUCGCGUCGACGCCCAUCGGGAGGCUCAACAAGGGGCAGUACUGGAUCCCGACGCCGGCGCAGAUCCUCAUCGGGCCCACCCAGUUCUCGUGCCCCGUCUGCUACAAGACCUUCAACCGAUACAACAACAUGCAGAUGCACAUGUGGGGCCACGGGUCGCAGUACCGCAAGGGCCCCGAGUCGCUGCGCGGCGUGCAGCCGACGGCGAUGCUCCGGCUGCCGUGCUACUGCUGCGCGGCGGGGUGCCGCAACAACAUCGACCACCCGCGGGCGCGGCCGCUCAAGGACUUCCGCACGCUGCAGACGCACUACAAGCGCAAGCACGGGGUCAAGCCCUUCCUCUGCCGCAAGUGCGGCAAGGCCUUCGCCGUCAAGGGCGACUGGCGCACGCACGAGAAGAACUGCGGCAGGCUCUGGUACUGCCUCUGCGGCUCCGAGUUCAAGCACAAGCGCUCGCUCAAGGACCACGCCAGGGCCUUCGGCCACGGCCACGGCCACGGCGCCUUCGGCUGCAACGCCGACGAGAUGGUCGACGACGACGACGGCGCCGUCUCCGAGAUCGAGCAGGACUGCUGCCGUUCAUCGGCGCGCUGAUGCAUCGACGACCAUGCAUUCAAUUCGGCAUCGAGAUGAUCCCGAUCUCACUCGCAUCUCGAUCUGUACUACGUGUUCAUGUUGUUAGUUGCUGUUUGUGUUGUUGUCGACGCCCGCUGUUGCUGCUUUUGCUCGAUCGAGCAGUAGUAGCAGUUUUUGUACUAGCAGAUUGUUAGGGUUGUGGAGUACGGUCGGUCGCCUGACGAGACCUCCUGAUCGAUCUCUACUACUAGCUUGUCAGUAGUUUGUGUUAGUGCACAAGCAACCAAGGACUCAUCAAAUGUUGGGAUGCUGGACCACUAGUCCGCUAGCUGUUGUGUGAUCUCGACCGAUCAUGCCACAUUAACUCAUGGAAUCUGCAGCAAAUUCAGCGUGAAUCAAUGAAUCUUCAUGCAAUUUGCA